UGCAGUACCAAAUCCGAACACCUAGCUGUUAGUUAUUUCUGGACACCCACAAAGCUAACGUCCGUAGUGAUGAAGCUCGUCUACGCUUUCCUAUGGUUUGUGGCUUUCGCGGCUAAAGCGAGCGUCGCCAUUAGCAGCACGGAUCCGGAGACACAAAUCAGCGGUGGUACCGAUGCUGGACCGAACGAAUUCCCUUUCGUGGUGGGACUACUGAUUUCCGGAGAAGAAACCCACCAAUUUUGUGCUGGGGUGCUGAUUAGUCCUCGCCAUGUUCUAACAACGGCCAACUGCGUUAUCCGACAAACAACGCUAACGAUAAUGCUAGGUUCAUCGGACAUCACCCGAAUGCAGCAGUUCAUUCCGGUGAUGAACAUCCGAAUUCACUGGAACCACAGCUCUACGUUUAUCAACCGUGCCGAUUUGGCCAUUUUGACAAUGGUUCGGGCCGCAAAUUUGAACGAUUCCGUUGCGGUAGCUCGACUUCCGAGACGAUCUCAACUGGGUACGACAUUCGAGGGUUUCGGUGCCACCCUCGUUGGCUGGGGUUACUCGGGCAAUCGAGAGGAUGAAACAAUUCCGCUCCAGCAUCUCCAGGUGGUGCGUAACCCGAUCAUCACGAAUCGUUCCUGCAGCCUCUCCCAUCGAUUCAUCACCGAUGAGCACGUUUGCAGUGGAGGUGACAACGGUGGACCGUGUGACGGUGAUCAAGGAGGUCCGGUGAUGAUCACCGAAAAUGGUGAACCCGUGGUGAUUGCAAUUCAUUCGUUCCACUUUAGCGGUAUCAGAGGGUGUGACAGGGGACGAUCUUCGGUGCACACUCGGAUCACCGAGCAUUUUGAUUGGAUUGAAGAAUUUUCCGAUGCCGUGAUAAGCGAUUAGACGGUGCAUAUGGCUGCUUGUACUACUGACUUGUUGUUAGCUCACAAUCUUAUCAAAUAUUUAUCUUGCCCUACUCAGUGGCAGUUCAA